AUGGUCCCUGUACAGUCUUUCACAGGUGGGCUGCUGGGCACAGGUGGGCUGCUGGUCACAGGUGGGGCUGCUGGUCACAGGUGGGGCUGCUGGUCACAGGUGGGGCUGCUGGUCACAGGUGGGGCUGCUGGUCACAGGUGGGGCUGCUGGUCACAGGUAGGGCUGCUGGUCACAGGUGGGGCUGCUGGUCACAGGUGGGGCUGCUGGUCACAGGUGGGGCUGCUGGUCACAGGUGGGGCUGCUGGUCAUAGGUGGGGCUGCUGGUCACAGGUGGGGCUGCUGGUCACAGGUGGGGCUGCUGGUCACAGGUGGGGUUGCUGGUGCUGGUGCUGGCGGCUGGCGCUGGUGCUGGUUCCUGGUGCUGGCAGCUGGCACUGGGGCUGGUUCCUGAUGCUGGCGGCUGGCGCUGGGGCUGGUUCCUGGUGCUGGCGGCUGGCGCUGGUGCUGGUUCCUGGUGCUGGCGGCUGGCACUGGGGCUGGUUCCUGGUGCUGGCGGCCGGCGCUGGGGCUGGUUCCUGGUGCUGGCGACUGGCGCUGGGGCUGGUUCCUGGUGCUGGCGGCUGGCGCUGGGGCUGGUUCCUGGUGCUGGCGGCUGGCGCUGGGGCUGGUUCCUGGUGCUGGCGGCUGGCGCUGGGGCUGGUUCCUGGUGCUGGCGGCUGGCGCUGGGGCUGGUUCCUGGUGCUGGCGGCUGGCGCUGCGACCGCCGGUGCGACGGGCGAGGUGCAAGGUGGCGCUGGCUGCAGUCGAUGGCGCAAACGCGAUCGCGGGCCGCUGGCGACUUCGCUGGCGACUUCGCUGGCGGGUCGCUGGCGGCGGGUCCGCUGGCGUUCGCCAUAG